AUGACAAAUGCUCACGGUGUGCCUGCUGGAGAGGGGAUGAUUACUCAACCAUUGCACCUGAUCCCACCUCUAACGUCUUCUGGUAACAUCAGAAGUCCAGAGAAACACCAAACUCCAAACAGAGCACCAAAGAGAAACACCAAACUCCAAACAGAGCACCAAGGAGAAACACCAAACUCCAAACAGAGCACCAAAGAGAAACACCAAACUCCAAACAGAGCACCAAAGAGAAACACCAAACUCCAAACAGAGCACCAAGGAGAAACACCAAACUCCAAACAGAGCACUAAGGAGAAACACCAAACUCCAAACAGAGCACCAAAGAGAAACACCAAACUCCAAACAGAGCACCAAGGAGAAACACCAAACUCCAAACAGAGCACCAAAGAGAAACACCAAACUCCAAACAGAGCACCAAGGAGAAACACCAAGGAGAAACACCAAACUCCAAACAGAGCACCAAAGAGAAACACCAAACUCCAAACAGAGCACCAAGGAGAAACACCAAACUCCAAACAGAGCACCAAGGAGAAACACCAAACUCCAAACAGAGCACUAAGGAGAAACACCAAACUCCAAACAGAGCACCAAGGAGAAACACCAAACUCCAAACAGAGCACCAAAGAGAAACACCAAACUCCAAACAGAGCACCAAGGAGAAACACCAAACUCCAAACAGAGCACCAAGGAGAAACACCAAACUCCAAACAGAGCACCAAGGAGAAACACCAAACUCCAAACAGAGCACCAAAGAGAAACACCAAACUCCAAACAGAAGCACUAAGGAGAAACAUCAAACUCCAAACAGAGCACCAAAGAGAAACACCAAACUCCAAACAGAGCACCAAAGAGAAACACCAAACUCCAAACAAAGCACCAAAGAGAAACACCAAACUCCAAACAGAGCACCAAAGAGAAACACCAAACUCCAAACAGAGCACCAAAGAGAAACACCAAACUCCAAACAGAGCACCAAAGAGAAACACCAAACUCCAAACAGAGCACCAAAGAGAAACACCAAACUCCAAACAAAGCACCAAAGAGAAACACCAAACUCCAAACAGAGCACCAAAGAGAAACACCAAACUCCAAACAGAGCACCAAGGACCUUACAAGACAUCAGAGGUAGGAUCUUGUACCAUGGUGGAGUAUGAAUCCCCUGUCGACCGAUCACAUUCACCUUGUCAAGAUCGAAAAAGGGAAAAUUCGUAG